AACAAGAUACAUGUUGCGUGCGGAGAGCAAACGAUACGGUCCAUCAAACAUUGCUGAAAGACCGUUUGUUCCAGAAGGACGAAGAAAUGUAACGAAAGAUCUAUAUCGUCAUCAUCGCAAUUCGGGUCUGACGUAUUUAAAAACGAUCGUUGAAACUUGGGAAACUUCUGAGAACAUAACAUGAAUAACGACGUAUGAAAAUUUACGAAAUGCGAGACUAUUUAUCCAGAUUAACCCGCAACAUUCGACUUGUUGCUAAUAAACAAAACAUUUCUCCUUGUAUAGAAGGGGCCAGGGGGGAGUGUAACUUUAAUUUGUAUUCUACUAUUUAAAGUGCAACAUUAUACGAAUACCAAACACUGAAGCUGCUGUGUCGUAAUUACAUCUGUUUUUUGCCAUUUGCUUUCUUUUCACGUAUUUCAAUAUGGAAAGGAGUUUUAGAACGCCGGCUCACCCUCUUAAAUUGACAUUCCUUAUUGCACACGGAGUCAAUACGCAAGACAACAAAGAAUCUUAUCUCCUUUUCUUACGCGAGCGUAAAACGCAUUGUACACCCCGUCGAGACAUCCGGAUUCCGGAAGCUUGCCAUCAAUCAAGCAAAUGCUAAUUUUAUUUCACCUUUCAUCACAAGAAUCAUUUCACGUUUAAAUUUGACGUCACGUGUUUACAAGCAAAAUGCCGUGACGAACAGCCCACGCCAUGUCAAAGUCACAAAGCAAAACUGUAUGGAUCUCAUAGCAAAGCUUCGCGGACAAGAAGCUCCCGAGAACCGCAAUGAUUAAGAAAAAGUGAAACCAUUACGACCAGCCAUCAGAAUUAUGACGACCAUCUUGCAAAGAUUUAAGGAAGGUAUCGUGAACGGUUACAAAGAGACUGGUGACGAAUUACGAAAUGAUAUCCCCGCGAGCGAGGGGAAUUGCAAACAAGGGCAACAAUUUGACACCACGGAUGAUGAGCUCAAAUCACGUGACCCAGAACCAAAUUCUCCAACUCGCAGUCCAGUUGAGAACUUAAGUCCAGAAUUCUUAGCUGAAUCAGUUGAGAAGUCUACAAACGAAACGAAAGGUGAACGACCAUUCAAAUGUGAUGUAUGCGGCCGUGGUUUCAAACAAUCGAGCGACAUGAAGAAACAUAGAAAAACUCAUUUUAAAAAACAAACAAGUUCUAAAAGUGGCCCAGAACCGUCCUAUGUCGUACAAACCGAAAACACUACGAAUGUAUCCGAUGGUAAUCCGAACGGCACCCUGGACAUCACAAUCUGAAAAUAAUUAUCAAGAGAGCGAUGUGCGCUUGCAAAUUUUGAGAAAAGCAUGCCAGCGGAAAAGGAACCGCGAGUAGGCUUAGACCCGAGUACAAAAACCGUAUCGGAGAGUUCGCCAGACCUGAAUGAAUCAUGCGAGAAAAUGAAUAACAUUUCCACGAUUUCACAAACAUUUUCAUUGAAUUCCCCAGAAAAUAAACGCAAGAUGAAGGACACUCGCGACACAAACAAUGGCUUCCCUUCCAUGGUCUCUCCAAACAAAAUUAUAAAAUCAGAACGUCUUUCUCCGAAUUCCGAUAGCCAUCCCGUGUGCUAUCGUCAACUGUCCGUAAUUGAGCGACAGUUUCCGUAUGAUGAUCGUCAGCUGUCGGAACAGCAAAAUGACGAAAAACGACAUAAGACAACAACAAGUGAGCAACACGACUUACGAAGUGAACUCAACAAUAUUUCCAAUGAAUGCCUGCACUUUUCAAAAACAGCACGAGACAAACCUUUCCGGAGAGCACGCGAACUUUACCGAAGUAUUGACGACAGAAAGUGCUAACAUAAGGCAUAGCGAUAUGAAUUCCCAUUUCGAUGAGCCGGAAACCGAAGAGCGUUUGGCUGUAGACAAUCUGGCAACAGAAAGAACUGACGUUGUAAAUGACGUAAUCAACAAAAACAUG